AGGAAAAAAAGCUCUCUCACUCCUGGUCUCCCCACGCCGAUGUCCACGAACUCCAGUAGACGGCCAUUCCCGACGCCGAUGCUCCGCCGCAUCCGAACCCACCUCCGUCGCCGCCCCGCCCCCUCCUGCACCUAGCCGGAGUACGGCCUCCGCCACUCCUCCAGCUUUACCUCUGCGGCUCCCCGCCUCCGCCUCAACCUCCACCUCCACCAGUACCACAACAUCACCACGCCGAUGUCUCUCAUCCACCUCCACCUCCACCGCCGCCUCUUCUCCUCCACCGCGCGGCCCUCGCGACCCUCGCGUGCCUGGUCUCCCCACGCCGCCUUUGCUGCGGCCACGGAGCGCGUCCGCGCCGGGAAUUUCAGCUGGGAAGACGCACACAACCUGUUCGACGAAUUGCUACGGCGGGCCACCCCGGUCCCCAAGCGCUCCCUCGACGGCUUCCUUGCCGCCCUCGCCCGUGCGCACGCCUCCGAAGCCUGCAGAGAUGGUCCCGCCCUCGCCCUCGCUCUCUUCAACCUCGUCUGCCGGGAUGAAUCCGGCGCGCGGGUGGCACCGCCCACAAUCUUCACGUACGGCAUUCUCAUGAACUGCUGCUGUCGUGCGCAUUGCCCGGACCUAGGGCUAGCCUUCUUCGGGCGCCUCCUCAGGACGGGCCUGAAGGCUGACCUGAUAGUCGCCAACACCCUCCUUAAGUGUCUCUGCCACGCGAAACGGACGGAUGAGGCUGUGAACGUGCUGCUUCAUAGGAUGUCCAAGCUCGGCUGUGUGCCUGAUACCUUCUCAUACAACAUUGUUCUCAAGAGCUUAUGCGACAAUGGCAUGAGCCAGCAGGCGCUCGACCUGCUCCAUAUGAUGGCGAAAGAAGGAGGUGGCUGCCCCCCUGACGUGGUGGCGUAUAGCACAGUCAUCCAUGGCUUCUUUAAGGAAGGUGAAACAGGCAAGGCAUGCAAUCUGUUCCAUGAAAUGAUGCAUCAAGGUGUUGAGCCCAAUGUGUGGACAUAUAGUUCAAUCAUUGAUGCAUUGUGCAAGGCCAGAGCAAUGGACAAGACAGAGCUAGUGCUUCAGCAGAUGGUUAACAAAGGUGUUCAACCCGAUAAUGUGACAUAUAAUUGCAUGAUCCAUGGAUAUUCCACAUCUGGGAGGUGGAAAGAGGCUGUUAAAUUGUUUAGAGAAAUGAAAAGCCGGGGCCUUAUACCAGAUAUUUCUACUUGCAACUCCUUAAUGACUUACCUUUGUAAGCAUGGAAGAAGCAAAGAAGGUGCAGAAUUUUUUGAUGCCAUGACUGCCAAAGGGCACAGAGAUGUCAUCUCCUACUGUAUUUUGCUUCAUGGGUAUGCCAAUGAAGGAUGCUUUGCUGAUAUGAUUGAUCUCUUUAAUUCAAUGGAAAGAAACGAAAUGUGGGAAAAAGGAGUGAGUCCCAAUGUAGUCACAUAUUCCACUGUAAUAGCUGCACUUUCCAGGAUGGGUAGGUUGACUGAUUCUAUGGACAAAUUUAAUCAGAUGAUUGCCAUGGGAAUUCAGCCAAACACAGCUGUUUAUCACUCCCUAAUUCAGGGUUGUCUUAUGCAUGGUGGCUUGGUUAAAGCUAAGGAGCUGAUGUUUGAUAUGAUGAACAAAGGUAUUCCUCGUCCUAACAUUGUUUUCUUCAGUUCAGUAAUAAACAGUCUGUGCAAAGAAGGAAGGGUUAUGGAUGCACAUGCUGUCUUUGACUUGGCUAUAGGCAUAGGUGAGAGGCCUGAUGUCAUUACAUUUAAUUCACUGAUUGACGGAUAUUGCUUAGUUGGGAAGAUGGAUACAGCAUUCAAAAUACUUGAUGUCAUGGAAUUAGUUGGUGUUGAGCCUGAUGUUGUUACUUAUAGUGCACUUCUUGAUGGCUAUUUUAAAAACAGAAGGAUUGAUGAUGCUUUGACUUUUUUUAGAGAAAUGCCAUGUAAGAGAAUUAAACCUAACACUGUUACAUAUGGCAUCAUGUUGGGUGGGUUGUUUCGUGCUGGGAGAACUGUUGCUGCAAUGAAAAUGUUCCAUGAGAUGAUUGAAAGUGGAGCAACAGUGCGCAUUUCCACAUACAAUAUAAUACUUGGAGGUCUUUGUCAAACUAAUUGUGUAGACGAAGCGAUUGCACUGUUCCAGAAAUUACGAGCAAUGAAUGUGAAGUUCAAUAUUGAAACACUCAAUACCAUGAUUAAUGCAAUGUACAAGGUUCAAAGAAAAGAAGAAGCUAAGGAUUUGUUUGCUGCAAUACCAGCUAGUGGGUUGGUGCCCAAUGAAUCUACUUAUGCAGUAAUGAUAAGAAAUCUUCUAAAAGACGGAGCAGUGGAAGAUGCUGACAAUAUGUUUUCAUCAAUGGACAACAGUGGUAUCGUUCCCAGUUCCCGUCUUAUAAAUGAUAUCAUCAGAAUGUUGUUGGAAAAAGGUGAGAUUGCUAAGGCUGGAAAUUAUUUGUCUAAAGUUGAUGGGAAGAGUAUCUCACUUGAAGCGUCAACUACCUCAUUGAUGUUGUCUCUCUUUUCAAGGAAAGGGAAACAUCUGGAGGAUAUUAAGUUGCUCCCAGCAAAGUAUCAAUUUUUCGAUGGAUUUGGUUGACUAGUUGAUAAUUUGAUAUGCUGCCUAUGAGACUAACUCCUAAGAAAGCACAGUUAUGUUAUUGCUUGCGAAAGCUCUCCUGCCAGAACAACUGUAUGAGAAACCAAACUGCCUACUUGUAUAAUUGAGUUCAUUUUGCUGUGCGUCCGGAUCACAUGAAAGUGACAUGUCUAUGAAUCUUUUAAUCUUGGAUGGGGUGAGGAAAGGCAGACAAUUAGUCUAACAUGACUGGUUACUAUUUUAGGGGUAAUUACUUCUGAUAGCGAUUGAGAAAACAUAGGAGCCUCUAUGAAUUCUUUUUUUGAUUUGUUGGGUUUUAUCUGAUUGAUUUUUGCACUGCAUAUUCAAAGUAAUUUUCUAUGGAAUAUUAGGGGUAACGACUUCUGAUGGCGAUUUUGGGGAAGGUACACAAUCUUGAGAUUUUGUAAAAUCUCUAACACGUUCACUUUUCUUCAUAUGAAUACAUAUUUAGUUAUGUAAUGCUCACUGAUGUUUGAGGUUGCUGAUGCUAUGUUGAGAAUCUGUUUUAUAUGUCAGGGCAAACGGGGCCUGGAAGAAUGGAUGUUUGAGCCUUUGAGGUUGCCGAUGCUAUGUUGAGUUAGCAGAUUCAGGAGCUCGUGCCAGAGUCUCAUGUACUUUAUGUUGUCAGUUCCACUGUUUUAGCUUGUUGCAUACAUGCGAGAAAAGUAUUUGCAGUAUGAUUUCUUUCUGCUUUACUUCGUAUUGAAGAUUCAGCUAUUUCUCCUCAUGAUGUAAGUAAAGGUAUGACCAAGAUGCCCCUUGUAUCACACACGUAACCACACUCUUACAUGUGGGCUCACGGUCCACAACACCAGCUUACAGAGCCAUCCGACUUGCGAAUCUCGCCAGUCCUUGCUUGGUCUGCCUGCUCGAUCCGGCUUUGGCCGCCAGUCCACCAGCUGGAUCUUCGGGGACAGGCGACUCGUGGUCUGUCAUCACCACUGAUGAUGGUGAGGGUAUGACAGAAAAUGAUUGGUAAGGAAGGGGAUGGCACCGUUCUUAUUGAACAGGGAUGCUUUUGAAAUGGGCAACUAUUCAUCGAAAGCCUAAACCUCUCAGGAUAUUUAUAUGAACUGCAAUCGAAGAAAUUUUACAUGUACCAUGAGGUUAUUUCUUAUACUUUCUGAGCAAAUUUACUUUCAUCUGCACAUGCAGGCAGUCUGUGACACGCAGACAACAUCAUGUCCAGACAACAUUCCAUUCUUCCUGCAAACCAUGGUGGUUGGGCUGCUGGUGGCCAUGGUGAAGGAGAAGGUUUCCAGCUACAUCCUAGACUGGUACGAGGUGAUGAAGGGCAUGGGGACACAGCACAAGAUCCUGAAGUGAAGCUGCUCCCAGUCAUCCUGGAGUCAUCACCGAGGCCGAGAAGGCAGCAGCCCACAGAGAAGGGAUCAAGGCCUAGCUCAAGGAUUUCAUGGUGGCUUACAAGGAGAAUGAAGUCAGUCUUCGACGAGUUCAAGUACGUGGUUUUUGUGGACACUACUUCGAGGCCGGCUUUGAUGUGAUAAAAGCUCUUUCCAAUCACAGCCGUUUUAUAUUCCAUAGCAUGAAUGCCUUUGUGUUUAAAUAUGGGAACAAGGGCCGGCACCCAAGCAGUGGCGGUAAACAGAUUCUGUCAUUGUUGACCCAGAGAACAUUAUAGGCCAAUCAAGAGAUUAAGAGAAGCGUGACAUUCGACAAACUCUUCUUAACUGGUCAACCUGUCACUAACUGUCUCAUCGUCUUUCUCAAUGUUGGAAUGAGUGGGUUAGGCAUGACCACCUUGGCACACUCACCUACAACGACCCUGAUAUCCAGAAGCAUUUCCAACUGCAGAGGAUUUUGAUGUUUGUGUCCUAGCUUGCAAGAUCUUCCAAAGCUCUGAGGGAAGGAAAGUGACAAGGUAAUCCAGGAGUUUCGAGGGGUGUCUGGUGGACUUGGGUACCUAGUACUUGAAGAUAUCUGUAGCUUUGUGUUGGUGAUAACUUGCAACCAAGAAUCAUGAGUACAGUUCAAGCCGAUGACAUUGCAGUUUUUGAUAAGAAACUCAUAAAGAAGGUUAUUGAAAAAGAACAUUAUGUUUUCAAUAGAGCAAGUUGGCAUUUUUUUAGCAAUACUCAAGUUCAGCCACAACGUCUCGGCAUCACGUAUGUAGCAGUCAUUUGUUUUAUGUUCCGUGUUUCUCAACAAUUAUGAGAUCCAUGUUGACAAGCUGAUCCAAGACUGCACAUGGCUUUUUCCCUGAACAAAAGGAAUUCGUCUUGAAACUAUUGGCAAACAGAUUUUAGAGCUGGAGUUAUCACAAAAGAACCACUCCCAGAUGACCAUGUGACAUAGUUUACCUAUGUAGCCAUGCCUCUGAUAUAAGGAACGUCUAUUUUCACUAGGAUGGUCACAGCUUUCCAUCAAACUUUUGCAGGUCGACUUCACUGAUGCUGAUGAGCAACCAGAACCUCGUCCAGGCAAGCACAAGAGGAAACCCAUUUCCGUUGAGACUUUGAUGCGAAAGAGCGUAGCUGCUCCGGCGUACGUUGACAGAACUGAGUAUCUGUCAGGUUGAUUUGUCCACUGAACCCACUGGAAAAAAAACCAUGCCAAGUUCCGAAUGAAGCAUAGUACAGUUAGCUUAAACACUUUCAGGCACUCAUGCUCUAGUUGAAGUCUUCAUGUUCUUUGUCAAGAACAGACAUACUUGCAUACAAACUAAA